GCAGUGCAGUCGACGAGCUGAGAGCACAGAGCUAACUGUCGAGAGGAAAAGUGAAAUGUAAAGUGAUUAAGGAUCGCUAAAGUAUCUACUUACCUGGUCGAUGAGCCACCAGAACCACAUCUUAGUGAGCAAGAAUUGACUUUUGGUCAGGUUUUUUCCGUUAUGUACCUUUUGCAUUGGAUUGAAACACCUGUAAGAGUGUGGGAGACACCUCUACAGUGGCGACAAGAUGGCGAGCCAGAUCCAUGGACUACAGUUCUAGAACCUUCGUCGUGAUUACAAGUGAAUCCGUUUCCUAUUGGUGAACAUUGCUGCCAGUGCGAAGGCGAACCCAGGGAGGCACCGACCAACGUGAAGGCUUACGCCGUUUCCUCUUCACAAAUACGAGUCACGUGGAAGCCCCCCCAUCCCGGUCCUGGAAGACCAAAAGGAUAUGAGGUGAGCUACUGGAAGGACACAGAGAAGGAAGACUCGGGCUGGAAGCAGAGGACGUCAAAGAACGAGACGUCCAUGGUGCUGGGAGGACUGGAAGGAAACGUCCAGUACGCGAUCACAGUCAAAGGCUUCAACAGCAUAGGCCAAGGUCCCGCCAGCGCCGCCGUCACAGCCAAGACCAGGAAAGCGCCUCCUGUGCAGCCUCCAAGCAACCUGCUGUGGAUCCAAGAGGGCAACAACGUGUCUUUAAGUUGGGACCCGGUCAAGGCCAAGGAGAACGAGUCUGACGUCAUCGGGUACAUGGUGUUACUGAAGCAGGAGGGCAGAGGUCACAACCAGGUGACUCGGACCAUUAACCCAUCCACCAUGCUCUCCCUUCCCGAGGGGGGCACGUAUGUCAUUGAGGUGCGAGCCCUCAGCGAGGGCGGGGAAGGAUCGGUCAGCUCGCCAGUGCGACUGGUCACCUCCUCUGGUGUCCGUGCAAAGAGCGGCCAUCACUCUUUGCACGUGCGUGAAGGGAACCUGACGUGGACGACGCUGCUCUUGCUUCUGCUGGUGCCUUCAGUGUCCUGUCAUUGUCUCGUCGAGCAGCGGCCGGCCAGCAGCGACUCCCAGGCUAUGCAGCGUGAACAAUUCCUGGAAAGCCGCAAUGGAAGAACAUCUAGGACGGACCGGCCUUUUUCAUCUGCAUCCAUCCCCCCAAACACCCCCACGUUUAGCUGGCCAACGAGCCGGGCAGCAGAAGACUCAGUAGACAAGAAGUGCUUUUUUUUCUUACGUUUUUUCUAAGGAAGUGUGUUUUGUACACGGUGGUACCUUUAGACAAGAAGACAGUGGCGUUUAUCUGCUUUGUUUCUCGCUUGGUUUUUUGGAUGUGUGGAAGUAGGUGGCCGUCAAAGGUGCAACUUAGAACCAGUGUACCGCUCCCUGGUGGCUAAUAAAUGUCAUGUCUAUUUAAAAAAAAAAAAAAAAAAAUAUGUAAUGAUAAUUGUAAUGGUUUAAUUUAUUUGAACAUACAUACAAGUUACAUUGGA